GUUUGAUUGGAUGAAUAAUAUUUUUUGGGCUUGGGCACUCCCUCCCACUCUCAUCCACCCUCCUACCAUUUCCUUCUUUUCCCAUUAUUAUUCUCUCCAUUUUCAUCUCCAUCUCCUUCUGAAUCCCAUUAACUCACUCUCUUUAUUUCUUCCGUUACCAUUUCCAGAUCCCUCUCUCUCUCUCUCUCUCUCUCUUCUAAAGAUCACUUCUUUUCAUCCCCUUCUGGUUUUUGCAUUUCACUGCUGCUGGGUUUGCUUAGUGGCGCUGAAAAAUCAUAUCCCAGAAGAUCCUAAACGAUCGGUGCCCUUCUCUUUCCCAAAAAGCAGGUGCAUUUCCUGAGGAGGAUCUGGGUCAGCACUGGUUUUUUCUUCAGACUGAAUCAAAGCGGUUUUGGAUAUUUAGGUGGAUUCUUGCUGUUUAUUUUACCAGCUUUUUGGCCAAGGAAAACAAUUUGAGGUAGAAUAGUUUGUCUUAUAAGAUGUUAGGAGGCAACAAUGGUAACGCCAUGCUUCCUGUUUUCCUGGAUGAAAAUCGCUUCCCAUAUCCGACAAAUGCUUCAAGUCAGCUGCAGUUGUUUGGAAAUGUACCAGCUGGAUGUAAUGUUGAUCCAGUAAAUUAUUUUGGAACUGAGCACAUCACUCCCAUGCUUCGGCCUAAUAAACGAAGCAGGGAAAUAGAAGAUAUCUCAAGACAGCAGAAGCUUCAGAUUUCUUUGAACUAUAAUGUCUGUCAAGAUGAAGCUGAUCGCUCGGCUAGCAUUCCAAACCCAAACCCUGUAUCAACUGGGUUAAGGCUAUCAUAUGAUGAUGAUGAGCGCAACUCAACAGUUACUUCUGCAAGUGGAAGUAUGACAGCAGCACCUUCAAUGAUCCUAUCCUUAGGUGACAAUAUCAGAACUGAGCUGGAUCGGCAGAAGGAAGAGUUUGAUCAGUACAUCAAAAUUCAGGAGGAACACUUGGCAAAGGGGGUAAGGGACAUGAAGCAGAGACAUAUGGCUUCUUUCCUUGCUGCUAUAGAGAAAGGUGUCAGCAAAAAGAUACGUGAGAAAGACUUGGAAAUUGAGAACAUGAACCGUAAGAACCGAGAACUGGUUGAUAGAAUUAAACAGGUAGCUGUGGAAGCGCAAAAUUGGCACUACAGAGCAAAGUACAAUGAGUCAGUUGUUAAUGUCCUGAAGAGCAACCUCCAGCAAGCAAUUUCACAGGGUGCUGACCAAGGGAAGGAGGGAUUUGGUGACAGUGAAGUUGAUGAUGCGGCCUCAUACAUUGAUCCAAAUAACUACCUGAGCGUUCCAGUCGGGCCUGUGAAAUCUGUAUCCAAGAAUUACCUAGGCUUGAAGGAGCAAAUGGCUUCCAGAGCAUGCAAGGCAUGCAAAGCUAAGGAGGUCUCCAUCUUGUUGAUGCCUUGUAGGCACCUGUGUUUAUGUAAGGACUGUGAUGGUUUUGUGAGUGUGUGCCCUGUAUGCGAGUCAAUGAAAACUGCCAGUUUCCAAGUGUACUUGUCCUAACUUAUGAAAGCUAGUAAACUUAAAAAAGGGAAAAUCAUGUGCACUGUUGAUA